UGAAUUUUCUCAGUCGCUGUUGUGCCUCGUGCUAGGUCGGACGUGCCUUUUUUUUGUGAUUGUUCAGUUUUCCCUUUUUUUUUCGAAUUUUGUUUUUUUUUUGUACUUCCGUUAGUGUCUUUCUUGUUUUCGGCAUUGACUUUAUUUUUAUUUCAAACAAGAACGAAACCUUUUUUUUUGCUGUUGUGGCAGAAUUUCAUCGAGUUGACUUUGAUUUUGGAAUUGAGAGGGACAAAAAACGAUCGUUUACAUUACCACAACGACAGCUGUGAACCGUGAACAAGUGUUGUUUCUUUUUUUGGUCGUGUAUGUGUGUUGUUGUUGUGUGUGUUGUGUGUGUGUGUGAUAUUCCCGUUUAGCGUUCGUGCUGGCCCAUCACAUUUUUGCCUCGUGGUCGCAAGUUUACAAGUCCCCUCGUGUAUGUGUGUGUCUGUGCCUGGGCAGUGUGGCGGCCAUUGGAGCUAACAAGUGUUUUCGCGGGCUGCCAUGACACGAGGAUUCAACAGCAUUGUCGAGUGUACGGACCAAUUAGCCCAUCAUUCCCAGAACGUGGAACAUUCGCUGCUUGUAUGUUGAACGGGAAAGGAAAAGCCGGCCACACGUGGACACACGAGACCAAGUGUUUCAAUCUCGAUGAUCAAGACUUUUUCUCUUCAAACUGCCAUUUGAACAGUGAACCUCGUGCAAUUGUGGUUUCAUCAUCACCAGACCGCCUACAUGGUUUACCUGGGAGAAGGAGCGACGGUGGCGACCAGCGGAGUGGAGCGUUUCUUCACUUCGAGCACCAAGAAUUGCAAUAGCAACAGCAGUAGCAGCAGUAGCACAUCGAGCAGCGGCCGUUGCCACACGACGGGGCCGCCUCUCCGACGACCGCCGACUGACGUCGACCCCGUCGUCAUGCACCCGACCAUCAACUACAAAGAGAAACAGGCCGAGUGUCCGCCAAUCCAAAUGGAGCCUGUCGAUUUGUCGGUUAACAGUCGAGGAGGAGGUCAUCUGCUUCUAACAGACACGUCCAGCAGACGACGCUCUUCUCGCUCGCCCGAGUCCCGUAAGCGGCGCUCAUCACCGGCCAACGGCAUCAUCGACUUGCGAGUCAACAAAUCAGCGCCAGAAGCAGUGCGCGUCGAGAUGAUACCCAGUCUUCAGUGCACGUUACGAACGACUUCCAACGCGCUCCUGACGCAUCACCAUCGCAGCCUGAAAGAGGAGCCCAUCUUUAACCAUGGUGACACCAUGUUUGAAGAUGAAGACGAAGACGACGAAGAUGGAUUCCUUCCCGGCUACGACAUGACGUUGAGUCAAAGGCCAUUGUCUUCCUCCUCUGCCAGCCCUUCGCACGGCACGUCCACCAACAACGGACUGAGCCCGCAUCGACAUUCUUCACCGGGCGAUUCGCCUCCACCGCCGCCCAGCUCGGCCGCCUCCCUCGGAGACUUCACCGACAGUCUGCGGAGGCGCAAAGUUCACAAAUGCGACUUUGAAGGUUGCGAGAAAGUGUACACGAAGAGCUCGCACCUGAAAGCUCACAAGCGAACGCACACGGGUGAAAAGCCGUACCAGUGUACGUGGGACGGUUGCACUUGGAAAUUUGCACGGUCUGACGAGCUGACCCGCCAUUUCCGCAAGCACACGGGACAAAAGCCGUUCCGUUGCCACCUGUGCCAGCGUUCGUUCUCACGAUCCGACCAUCUGUCACUGCACAUGAAGCGACACUGAUGUCGACCGAAGUCGUCUUCUAUACAUACUGUACUUUACGCAGCCGAGCAGCGCAACAGCGUACACACACACACACAACACACAACAAAGAUCACGCCAGCUGACAGCCUUUCCUCUUUUCGAUGGGCGAGCUGUCCGCGGUGGCUAGCAGACGGGCGACAAGAGCUGUCUGCUGGAAAAGACAUGGCGAUGAUUCACAACACUCACACAGACACGCAGAACAAGAGAAGCAACAAGAAACUUCAACUGCGACACAGUCCCAACAACAACGACGAAUGUACUUUUUGUAUUCCUUUCUUCUUCUUUUUUUGAAUUGAAAUGUUCCCAUUUGGCUGGAUGGGGAAGGCGGAAAACAGCAAAAUCAACUUAAUUUUUCUUGUUCUCUCUUUGGAGGAUUCAAAGAUUUGCUUAUUUAUUUAUACAUUUCUUUUUUUUUUUCUUUUCGAAUUUACACCCUCUUGGAUUUUGUGAACGAAGGGAGAACUUUGACACCGACACAUGCGCGCUCUCGUGACGGGUUUUUUGGCCCCCUAACGGACGGUACGCGCGUUUUUUUUUUCCUGUAUCCCUCGUGACUUCCAAUACGCUUGAUCAAACCUCAUCAUCCUGUCUUUAUUAUCAAUAUUACUAAUGAUUAUUCUCGUUGUUUUUGCCGGGGGUCUGCCCGUUUUUGAUUGUGACUUUCGAAUCUGGCGAUCUCACAUCGAUGUUGUUGGAUCAUAUCGCUCUCUCUCUGUCUCGUCCCUCUCUGCCUUAGUGAUGUCUCAUCUUUUCACUAGUGUUAACCUGGGAGGAUUCCUCUUCCAUCGCCUUUUCUUUUUAUCGUUGCCGCCUCUUCCUUUUUUUUCUUCGUUCCUUGUAAAGUGGCUAAAAACAAAAACGAGCUCGCCUUCAAAUGCCACUCCCUCUACAUUGUAUGUUCUUUCGCUUUGAGCAAAUCUGUACCGUAUGUUGCAACAACGUAUGCCCCAAUCCGUCCACCAAAGAGAGGAGAAGAGACCCAGGGAAUAAGAAAUUUAAAAUGGAAAAAAAUUUAAGAAUUAUUACAUUUUUUUCAUGUCUCCCCCCCUCAUCUCCUCCUUGCAUCGAUGCAUAUCAUAAGAAUAUGUAAUACGACCCGAAGUUGGGUAAAAGAAAUUGUUUUUUUUUUUUUCUUUUUGUUUUUUUUUUCUUUUGAAUUCGUUAGCAACGCACAAAAGCACCAAACAAAUAUCUUGGUGAUUUAUGUACAGCGAGAGAAAAAACAAAACAAAAAACAAAUUCAGCCCAACGCCCGAAAUGGAAGAAACACUUGAGAGGAAGAAGAAGAAGAGGUGCAGCGCGUGGCGCAUAUUGUUCCUCAUUUGGGCUGCGAAAAAAAAGAAAACAAAAAUAAAAUAAAAAUAAUAAUAGAAAAAAGAUAUUGUGAUAUUCCUCGAGCGAAACACUUAGACUGGCUGCUCAUUUUGAUCAAGAGACAGGCACACGAUAUACACCGCACACAAAGAGAAAGGCAAAUGUUGGUAAUUGGGCAACGGCCGCGGGACGUGGACGAUUGUAGUUGUUUGUGUACACCAAAGACCCCCGUCAAGAGAGUUGAAAGAAAAAGGACGAGAACACAGCGUGAUUGGCAGCACACGCCCGCCAUUGAUAUUAUUCCUCGGCCUGAAUUCAAUGAGGCUGAUCAUCAUUUGAAAAACUAAAUAAGUAAACGAAAUAACAUGAAAAAACAAACAAACAGCUGUCGACUUUUUCUUUCUUCUCUUUUCACUUCUCCUCAUUCGUGAGCAGCCGUCAAAUAAAAAGAAAGAGAAGAGAGAUGUACUGAGCUGAGGCAUUCUUUGCAUAUCGUGCCAUUUACAGUGAACGUGUGCGUGGUCAUCCUAUUCUAUUAUUGUCUUUUCUUCCUCUCUUAUUUUUUUGUUUCAGAGCUCUCUUUUUCUAACCCUUAAAAUUAUUUAAAUAUUUCUCCCCGUCUUCCUAAUUUUUUUGUUUUUCUUGUUCCCCUUCGGUCGCUUUGUUUCAGUGUCUGCGUGUCCCGUUUUAUUUGGAAGCCCUUCUCUUUUUCUGUUUUUUAUUUUUGUUUUUUGGUUAUUACUAUUACAUGUAUAUGCCUCGUUUCUUUCAGUUUCUCACCCUCGUAUUUUAUUUUAUUUUAUUUUUUUUUUUGUGUGUUGUUUUCUUGCGCCCGGAAGCAGCCAUAGGGUCUUAUACCUCAUCACAUUCCAAAUUGAUAUGCAAUAACAAUUCAGCGUACCGUAUACUAUAUAUGUAUAUAAUUUUUCCUCGUCUUUUCUCUCUCUCUCUCUCUCUCUCUUUUUUAAUUCUUUUUAUUACUUGAUAAAGAAAAAUAGCAAGUUGCAACAGAUACUAAGGGAAAGAAUAAGAAAUCUAACGUUUGGGAGAAUCAAAAAGAGUUAUCACACACAGACACAUUCACGACCGUACGAAGUGUGGGCGUGAGCACAAGAAGAAGAUUGUCCACCCUCAUCCUGCCCAGUUUUUCUCUGUUUCUUCUCCCCCCCCCCUUUUUAUUUCUUUGCUUUUCGUAUAUAUGUCAUUCGCCAUGAAAACAGUUCUAGAGUAUACGCGCACAUAUGCAGGAAAAUAUAGGAAAGAAGAAGAAAAAGAGUUUAUCUCAUUUUUAUUUUUUAUUAUUAUUAUUAUUAUUAGGAAGACGACGAAGAAAGAGCCGCCUUGUUUAUAUAUAUUUUUUUUUUUACGGCCUUCUCUUCUCACACACAUAAUUUUUGAUUUUUUUUUUUUGGGGGAAUAAAAAAAAGAACAGAAAAAUACUGCCGUUAAUCAUGCGUCAUAAGUUUCUUAACUCAAACAAAAAAGAAAAGAAAACAAAAGAAUAAACCACAGAAAAAAUUCAGAGAAAACGCCUAUUUAUUCUCUCAAAAGUUGGGUUCUUGUGUACUAUCGACCGUGUUGUAUACGUCCUCCUCUGUACAGAACAAAGAUACGAAACAAACAUUUUAAAAUAAUAUUUUUUUUUGUGUGUGACUGUUUCUUUCCUUCUACGCGAUGUAUAAAUGAAGAAAUAAUUCCCUAAUUUUCGUUUGUUUUUUUAAAAUCCAUGCUCUGCCCCGUUAUUGUUUUGGUUUUUAUUAAUAUAUUACUUCCCUUGCACUUCUAUACUCGGCCGUCUAUGUGUGUGCGAAUGUGCGACGCGUGUCCAUAUUGUUUUGCGUGCGAGCGUGUUUUGUUUGAUUUCUUUCUUCCCCUCUUUUUUUUUUUUUUCCUUAAAAAAUAUGUUUUGUGUUGUCUUUCUUUUGUUUUGAUUUUGUUGGAGCAUCUCUACGGUGAGAACAUUAUUACGAGCGCGGCGUUGCGUGCUCUUUCGAAUUGUAUUUGAAUUUAUUACACAUGGUGUGGAUGCAAG